CCACGACUCAUUUGAUCGCCUUCGCAACAUGUUUACCAAGUCUAUUCUCGUCUUCCUCAACUGUUGUUCGCUGAGUGUUCUAGCUCAGCACUAUCAAGGUAUCAACACGGAGUCGCUCAGCAUCAAAGUGGUUCUAGGCCUACUUAUAACUGCGAUCCCUCUGCUGGUCUUGGAGUUUUUGCUCCUAGUGGCUACGUAUCGAGCCCUUUGGCAUCCGCUUGCUAAAUACCCGGGCCCAUGGUGGGCAGCUCUGACCGACUGGUAUUCUGUCUACCACAUCGUUAAAGGCGACCGGCACAUUGACUUCUAUCGCCUACAUGAGAAAUAUGGCAACAUCGUCCGAUUCGGCCCACGGCGGAUCUCCAUUCGGUCCGCAACCGCGCUUAAAGACAUCUACAGUGUCAACGCCAAUGUUAAGAGGUCGCAAGUCUAUGCCUCCACGGCCCACUUCUUUGGCGGGACGCCCUCCUCCAACACCACACCCGACAUGAAGGAGCAUGCAUUUAGACGCAGGGUAAAUGUUCGUGCCCUCAGUCCAGCAAAUAUCAAAGGAAUGGAGGAACAGAUACUGAAGAAUGUUCGAUACUUCUGUGAGACUCUGGUCGAUGGUGAUGGGCAUGAUUGGAGCUCCCCACACGACAUGAGCAAGCUCGUUGGGUAUCUUGUCUCGGACAUCAUGGGAGACAUCACGUUCAGCAAAAGCUUUGACGUCCAAAGGAAGCCCGACAAUCGCGAUCUUCUCACUUCCCUGCCCCAGGCUGUCGCGGGUAUUCACUUAGUAGGUUAUAUGCCCGAAAUUGUCACGUUCAGACUCCACAAGAUUUUCUUUCAGAAUCUGAUCGCUGGCAUUGCCCGAUUCACCAGCCUCAGCGCGUCGACCUUUCAAUGGCGCUUCGCACAAGAAAAUUGCAAUGACGUCUUCUCGGCCCUGCUCCAGGCGCGAGACGAGAAGACUGGGCGAGGCUUCUCAACAGACCAACUUAUCUCCGAGGCCGGACUCCUUACCAUUGCUGGAUCCGAUACUACGGUCAGUGCCACAACAGCAAUAUUCUUCUAUCUGUCGCAUUACCCCUCAUGCCGCUCUCGCCUGGAGAAGGAAAUUCGCAGUACCUUUGCUAGCAUUGAGGACAUCCGCAUCGGCACUCAACUAGCGUCAUGCCACUAUCUCCUGGCAUGCAUUGAGGAAACACUCCGUCUUAGUCCUCCUGUUGGCUCCACGCUAAUGCGUGAGGUGUUGCCGGGCGGCCUUACUGUCGACGGGGAGUGGUUCCCACCGGGGACUGACAUAGCGGUGCCGCACUAUGCGCUCCAUCACGACGAACAAUACUAUCCUGACCCCUUCACCUUCAAGCCACAACGGUGGCUUUCAAAAGACUCCUCCGAAACCAUCGACGUUGGCCUGGAUCUGGAGACGCCGAACGACGCGCAAGACAAGGCUUCGAGUUCACCAGAGUCGCUUGCUGCCAGCGCGUUCACCGCAUUCGGGGUCGGUAGGACGUCGUGCAUCGGAAAGUAUCUCGCGUACCAAGAGAUUUCGCUCGUCGUCGCUCGGACCCUCUGGGGUUUUGAUAUGCGUCUUGAGCCGGGGUCGACGCUUGGGGAAGGGAGUAAGAAGCUGGGCACUGGGCGGCAGAGACGGAAGGAAUUCCAGACCUGGGACCGGUUUGUGAGUAUGCACGAGGGUCCAGUGCUGCAGUUCAAACGGCGCGAGUUUUGAGUCGCCGCUGCUCAUUGCUGUCUGGUUCUUCUUUAACAGUGGGAUGGCAAGAGACCGAAUGCUGCCCUUUCCAAUAUAAUAUACUCGACAUGUGCGUGUGUAAGCCGUGGUUCAUCUUGGCGCCGGUCCGUCAUCAUUUAACGUUGCAGUUCAGCACCAUAAGCAGCACGCUGAUACAGUGGGACGCGCAAGGUACGGG